AUGAGCCGUGAAACCCCUCUUAGUCUUCCUGUCAUCGAUUUCUGUAAGUUAGAUUUAAAACCAGGCACUACUGAAUGGGAUUCGCUGAGGUCCCAAGUUUGGAAGGCAAUAGAAGAGUAUGGUAGCUUCAGGGCUGUGUUAAGCAAAAUUUCACAAGAGCUCCGAGAAGCAUUUCUUAAUGAACUUGAAGAGCUAUUUGCCUUACCUCUUCAGACCAAAAGAUGUUACGUUAAUGAAAAACCCUUCCGUGGAUAUGUUGGGCAAUCACCCUCCUCGCCACUCAAUGAAUGUUUCACCAUUGAUAACCCAGUCAUCUCCCAAAACCUGGAAAAUCUCUGUAAUAUUUUGUGGCAGCCCCAAGGAAAACCCAGUUUCAGAAAAAUCAUGCAUUCCUUCUCCAAGGAAGUACUUGAAUUGGAAAAAAUAAUAAGGAGGAUGAUUAUAGAAAGCUUGGGUGUCGAGAAGUACUUGGAAGAGAACAUGGCCUCGGCCGACUACAUGCUUAGAGUCACAAAAUAUGGAAGCCCCCAGAGAAGUAAGGAACUGUCUGGUUUACCUGCUCACACAGAUAACAACAUGAUUACCAUAUUACACCAAAAUGAGGUUCAUGGGUUAGAGGUACAAACCAAAGGUGGAGAGUGGAUUCCGGUGAAAUUUUCACCAGACUCAUUUCUCAUCCUAAUCGGAGAGUCUUUCCAUGCAUGGGCAAAUGGGAGACUGCAUUCUCCUUAUCACCGGGUAAGGAUGAGUUGUGGAAAUGAGGCAAGGAUCUCUGCUGGAUUUUUUUCAGUGUUCAAAGAAGGGUAUUUAGUAAAAGCCCCAGAGGAGAUGGUUGAUGAAGAACAUCCCUUGCUAUUUAAGCCCUUUGAUCAUUCCGAGUUCCUCAAGUUCUUUCGGACGCCCGCUGGAUUGAGUUCUCCAUCUCCUUUAAAGGAAUAUUGUGGCGUCUGA